AUGUUCAAUUGGGCCGUUUUGCUGCUUUGGGCAAUCACCGCAGAAGCAGUGAGCCCAGAGUCCUUGAGCUCUGAUAUCUCCAUUCUCAUUCACAAUGAUCUACUAGAGACUCAAAGUCCACUGGCUGAUUCGGGAGUUCUAGUCCUCGAUGCAAGACCAUGGAAAGAAGCCACCGAAAGCUGUCAAAAGCUCGGAGAGAGUCUCUGGGGAGCACACUCAGACUUCAAGGACAUCCAGCAUGACCUGGAAUACCUUAUCUGUCAAGGCAAAUAUCUCCAGAACCAACGUUUCUGGACAUCAACCCGAAAAGCAUCAACCAUCGAUGCUAACGGUCACAUCAAUACGGCCUCUGCAAACGCCAGACUACCCGUUCUCUGCACACAGAGUGCUCCACAUUCAAACAAGACCUUCCAAGACAGAAAUCCAAAAUGGCGGGUGACAGUCCACUCCAAUAACGAAUACCUCACCGGAUUUCGAGACCGAUUUAGUUUCCGCUUCCAAGGCAUUAGAUACGCCAAGCAGCCCCGCCGAUGGGAAUAUGCUCAACUAUACAAAGGAAGCGGUAAAAAGACCUCGGCCCUCAAUAACGGCCCUGCAUGCGCACAAGGAACCAUGCCCGGCUCAGAAGACUGUCUAUUUCUCAAUGUAUGGACUCCAUACCUGCCCAACUCAUCAAGAAUCAAAAAGAAGAACCUUAAGCCAGUCAUGCUCUGGAUCCACGGUGGAGCAUUCACAGGCGGCACAGGUAGUGAUUCAACAUUCGACGGGACGAACCUUGCUUCAAGAGGUGAUGUAGUCGUCGUGACAAUCAACUACCGUCUCGCAACACUGGGUUUCCUUGCUUUAGAUAACGGAGAAACAAAUGGGAAUUACGGGUUAGCAGACCAAACCACAGCGUUGGAGUGGGUUCGUCGCAACAUUCAAGAUUUCGGGGGUGAUCCAGAUCGAGUGACAAUAUUCGGGCAAUCGGCAGGCGCGGCUUCUGUUCGUGCUCUACUUGCAUCCCCCAAAGCCCGUGGAAACUUUGCUGCUAGUAUAAUGGAGAGUAAUCUCGGUGGUCUGGCUUAUGGGACGACAUACUCGAGCUACUAUACAAUUCCGGAGGAAAUGGAAGCCGUGGGCAACGCGAUUCUUGCUGAGACAAAUUGCACGCAUGCGGUAUCACAACUUGAAUGUUUACGGGCACUUCCCACAUCGACGAUAACGGGUCUUUCUACCCUGGCACGGUAUCUAGUCGUCGAUGGCGUCUACCUCGAUCGUCCAGAGCUCGACCUACGCAAUCCCUCUUCAACGGCGAAUGUCCCUCUCAUGAUAGGCACGAUGAGAGAUGAUGGUGCUGCCAUGAUUGGUUAUCCAGUCCCCGGAGAGACAAUCCAAACAUUCUUGAAUGAAUCAGGUCUACCUGAGUCCAUCGCUCCGAGUCCCUUAUUCCCGAUUCCCUCAACGGCUAAUGCUACGCUUGAUAUAUUCAACACUACAGCCCGGGUAGCAACGGAUGCUAUGUUCCGCUGUGUCGAUGAAGCAACUGCGUACGCAGGUAUAGAGAACAUUAUCUUUCCUGAGAUCUUCUACUACGAGUUCAAUCGCUCAUACCAAAUGCCCGACUGGUCACCUAACGCCCCGGUAUGCAACGCACCUAUCACAAAAGAAUAUCCAAAUGGAGAUCCAACCCAGGAGUAUUUCAAGUGUCAUUCUGGGGAGUUAUAUUAUGUAUUCGGGACGAUUCUUCGUCAGGGAUUACCGCUUCGCGAUAAGUUCGAUUUACCCUUCGCGCAAUACGUGUUGGAUUCGUGGGCUGCUUUUGCGACAUAUUAUAGCCCUACUCCUGAUAUUGGGUUUUUGAAGGCAAGGGGGUAUGUGAAUACGACGGGGAUGGUUGGUGAGACUGGGUCUUGGGCUUCGUAUCGUCAGAAGGGUCAGGCGAGGUUGUUGCAGUGGCCACCGGGUAUGAGGGAUUUGGUUGAGAUUGAGCCGUGCCGUAUUUUGGGAUUGCCUUUGGGGUAUUUGGUUUAG